AGUGCGCGAGCAAGGCAGCAGACAGGAGAAAGAGCAGAGUAGAUGAGCGCAAAAGGGGUGCAAAGAGGAGGGAGAAGAGGAAGGUGAAGGGGAAAAGAAGCCGAGAGGUUGAGGAGGACGGACGGAUGAAGGAAGAGAGUUUGUGAAGCGCUUGGAUUUUACCCGGCUCAAGUCUUUGUGUCUGCUAUUCCCUCUGGCAAAGGACUCAAUUAAGGUGAUGAUUUCACUACCUGGCUGACUGGCUCAGUACCUCUAGAAAGAGGAGUUGAGGAGCACCAGGCUUUAAGUGGCCCCUUCCCUGGUGCCUCCUUCACCCUCUCCUCUCCUGGUCCCUCUCCUAAACCUCAGUAUCCAGCCUGUCCCCUUGUGCCCUGGCUCUGGCUCUCUGGUGUUUGUCUUCCACCCUUUUCUGCACUUGGACUUUGACUUUGACUGAAACGGCGCCGUUCCAAACCGCCCAAUGCUGAAGGGGAACUGUCUGCUGCUGUUCCUGUGCUUUCUCUUCGUGCAGAGCUCCCCAGCUCCUCUCCACACACUGCCCCUAGCUCAGCCCCACAACAGGCCGUGGCACGACUGGCCCCGUAGCCCGGCCGGCAUGUCCACAGCAGGCCGCAGCGGAGGGUCUGGAGGCUUCCAGAGAGUCAAGAGAGGAUGGGUAUGGAACCAGUUCUUUGUGCUGGAGGAGUACAUGGGAUCUGACCCACAGUAUGUAGGCAAGCUGCACACGGAUCUGGAUAAAGGAGACAGCGUGGUGAAAUACACUCUGUCAGGGGAGGGGGCCGGAACCAUCUUCACCAUCGACCAGACCACCGGGGACAUCCAUGCCUUACGCAGCCUGGACAGGGAGGAGAAGCCUUAUUACACACUCCGAGCCCAGGCUGUGGACAUCGAGACCAACCGGCCUCUGGAGCCUGAGUCAGAGUUCGUCAUCAAGGUGCAGGACAUCAACGACAAUGAGCCAAAGUUUCUGGAGGGCCCUUACACAGCUAGUGUCCCCGAGAUGUCGCCUGUUGGUACAUAUGUGACCAAAGUAACGGCGACAGAUGCAGAUGACCCCACUUAUGGUAACAGUGCACGAGUGGUGUACAGCAUCCUGCAUGGCCAGCCAUACUUCUCUGUGGAUCCCAAGACAGGUGUUAUUAGAACUGCUCUACCCAACAUGGAUCGGGAGGUGAAGGAGCUCUAUCAGGUUCUCAUCCAGGCCAAAGACAUGGGGGGCCAGUUGGGGGGUCUGGCUGGGACCACCACCAUCAACAUCACCCUGAGCGACGUUAAUGACAACCCACCCAGGUUCUCCAAAAGUAUCUUCCACUUGCGCGUGCCCGAAUCUUCAGCAGUGGGAUCUGCUGUGGGCAGAAUCAAAGCCCAUGAUCUGGACACUGGCAAGAAUGCUGAAGUGGACUAUAACAUCAUCCCUGGAGAUGAAAGAGGAACAUUUGACAUCACCACCAAUGAGCACAACCAGGAGGGCAUCAUCAUCCUUAGACGGCCUCUGGAUUACGAGACAAGGAAGGCCUACACGUUUAAAGUGGAAGCAUCAAAUGCACACUUAGACCCACGAUUCCACAGUUUUGGUCCAUACAAAGACACAGCAACGGUCAAGAUUAACAUUCUAGAUGUGGAUGAGCCUCCUGUGUUCAGUAAACCAUCCUACACAAUGGAUAUUCAUGAGGACACACAGCUGGGCACCACUAUUGGAGCAGUGACCGCCCAGGAUCUGGAUGCAGGAAGCAGCCCAGUCAGGUAUUCAAUUGACUGGAAGAGUGACCUGGACAGCUUCUUUGACAUCGACCCUGUGACAGGAACCAUCUCCAUCAGCGAGUUGCUGGACAGGGAGAGUAUAGCCCAACACAACAUAACAGUUGUGGCAACCAAAGUCAAUAAUCCAGUGCUUACCAGCAGAGUGUCCGUCACAGUUCAUGUCCUGGACGUUAACGAGUUUCCGCCUGAGCUUGCCAUACCCUAUGAGACCUUUGUGUGUGAAAGUGCCAAAAUGGGACAGGUGAUUCAGAUCAUCAGUGCAAAAGACCAGGACCUUCCCAUGACAGGACAGAAGUUCUCCUUCAAAUCACCACAGGAAGGGUUGAAGAGCAAGAACUUCACCAUCAAAGACUUUGGGAACAACACUGCAGGUAUUGUCACACUGCGCAGCGGUUUUCGGCGCCGCACUCAGGAGAUAUACCACCUCCCAGUGGUCAUUGAGGACAGUGGAUUACCAGUAAAAAACAGCACCAGUACCCUGACCAUCCGUGUGUGUGCUUGCGAUUCUGACGGGGCACUGCUGACCUGUAGCGCAGAGGCCAUCUUCCUCCCCGUGGGCCUCAGUACCGGGGCACUUAUCGCCAUUCUGCUCUGCAUCGUCAUACUGCUAGUGAUCGUGGUGCUCUAUGUAGGAGUGCGGAGGCAGAAGAAGAAGGAGACAUUGAUGACGUCUAAAGAGGACAUCCGAGACAAUGUUAUCCACUACGACGACGAAGGUGGUGGGGAGGAGGACACGCAUGCCUUUGACAUGGGCACUCUCCGGAACCCCAAAGCCAUCAAGGAGAACCUCUUCAGGCGCGACGUCAAACCCGAAGCGGGCGCCGUUCCUCGGCCCGCCGUCGCCUCGCAGGACAGCGCAGACAUCCAGAACUUCAUCUGUCAGAGGCUACAAGAACAUGACGGUGACACCUCCGCCCCGCCCUACGACUCACUGGCCACCUACGCUUACGAAGGCGAGGGCUCUGUGGCAGAAAGCCUGAGCUCCAUAGAAUCCCUAAACGGUGAAACAGAAGAGGAUUACGAUUACCUAAACGAGUGGGGACCUCGCUUCAAAACCCUCGCAGGGAUAUUUGGAGAGCGUUCUGAAAGCCAGACUGAUAUCACCUCCACAACUAGCACCACCACCACCACCGAAAACAAACAUUGA